AUGCUUCCCAAGAUUGCCCACGGGAGGGGUGCGGGGGACGGGGUGCUGGCCUUCCCGCCAGCCCUUGCGACUGGUGUUGCGCUAGCACCAGCCUUACAUCAACGAACCUAUCAACUUGACUGUGACCGAAAACCUGACCACGCCAACACAGUAAUCAGGAUCUUGCUUAUUGCAUUUCUUUCAUCGAAAUAUGUAUGUCUCAUUCCAACUAACGCAGUCUGGUCAAGUAUACUUUGGCAAUUGAAUACAAUCCAUGGGGUGCGGCUAGUUCUCCUGAUCCGACUUGGUGGGCUGGUCUUAUGA